CCUUAAUCGUAAAUCAUAUGCAAUGAAUGCACGUUACACCAAAGAAAGAAAAAAACUAUUAAAAUAGAAAACACAAAAGGUCCAAUGAACAAAAACAACUCUAGAGCAGACCAGUGGUUACAACACUAUGAACAACACCAAGUUCAAGAGAUGACUCCAUGCUUCAACGCCAUUAAUAUGACGUCAUCAUCAGGAUCUUCCCUCGGUGACGGUGGCUCGGCGGUGCAUGAAGUUGCCGGACGGCGAUCCAGGGCUUCGAGGAGAACCAUACCAACGACUCUUCUAAACGCAAACCCUAGCAAUUUUCGAGCCCUAGUUCAGAAAUUUACCGGACGUUCUUCGGGUGGUGAAUCCAACCGGAGAAAAGGUCCGGUGACAUUGGAUUUCGGGUCUCCCACUACAAUCUCUAAAGAAGCUAUCUUUCCGGUCUCCAGCGAUCGUAGUCAUUACGAUCAUCAUGAUCAUGCGCUUAACCGGCACGUGAGUAACGAGCAACCUCACGUGACUUGGUCAGGUACGGAAGCAACGACGCCGUAUCAGUUGGGCGAGGAAAGUAACUCGGUGUUUGAACAAGACCAUGAUCAUUAUCUUUUGAGGGAAUAUUCCGGGAAUAGUAGUCAUGAUGAUGGUUUGGAUCAUAUGGAUUAUUACUAUCAUGAUUUUCACCAAGAAACGGCAACGUUGGAGGAGUUUAUGAUGAGAGAUCUUGAUUUAUAAUAUAGCUUGGUUUUUAGUCAUUAUAUUAGUUAUUAUGAAGAUGUCAUGAUGGUGUUACUUAGGGGAAUAAGUAUUUGGGAAUAUUGCUUUACAAGUCCAGUUAGCAUUUUCUAAUAAUAAU